AUGACCUUCUCGCGAUCUAUUCAUAUCGUCGGCUGCCAUGCUGAAGGAGAAGUCGGCGACGUGAUCACCGGCGGUGUCCUUGAUGUCCCCGGCAAGACCAUGUUCGACAAGCUGAUGCAUUUCCAAACAAAAAGAGACGACCUGCGACAGUUCGUUCUCAAUGAACCUCGAGGCCGUGCUCCAAUGAAUGUGAACCUUCUUCUGCCACCCUGCGAUCCUCGCGCCGACGCCGGGUUUCUGAUCAUGGAAAGUACCGAAUAUGCGCCCAUGUCCGGCUCUAAUACAAUAUGUACGACGACCGUGCUGUUAGAGACCGGGAUGCUCCCGAUGAAAGAGCCCCUUACUGAAGUUACACUGGACACUGCUGCUGGACUGGUAACUGUCACUGCAGAGUGCGAAGCAGGCAAGUGUAAGAGUGUUGAAUUCAAUAACGUCCCCGCCUUUGCGCUCGAGCUCGACUUCAAAGUCCAAGUUCCCGAUCUGGGCGAGAUAUCUAUUGAUAUUGCAUACGGUGGGAUGAUGUACGUGAUUGUGGAUGCUGCCUCCCUGGGCCUGGCUGUCAACAGCAACUACUCCCGCGAAUUAAUUGACAUUGGCGAGCGGAUUAAGCGUGCGACUGAGGCUGUAUACACCCCUAUCCACCCUGAGAACCCAGGGAUAACGGGGUUCUCUGUUAUUUCAUUCACAGAGCCGCUUCGAACGGAGGACGGAUACAAAGUUGCACCUAAUGCUGUGGUUGUUUCACCCGGUCGCUUCGAUCGCAGCCCAUGCGGUACCGGGACGUGUGCUAGGCUAGCUGUUAUGCAUGCAAGGGGCCAGAUUAAGGAAGGAGAAAUCUUCAAGCACCGAAGCAUAAUAGGGACUGAGUUUGUGAGUCGCAUUCGUGGACUUACAACAGUCGGGAAAUAUCCCGCGGUUUUGCCUACGGUAAAGGGCCGUGCUUGGAUAACCGGCUUCAGACAGGCUGUGCUUGACUCGACGGAUCCAUUUCAAGAGGGUUAUAGGUUGGGCGAUCAGUGGCCCGUUGCACGGAUAUGA